GAUGAAAAAUUUUAUUGCAAUCUGUAUUUUAGCUCUAGUGGCUGUAGCAACAUCUUUCCCAUGCAAAUCUUUUGAUAAAAAAAGGCAUGAGGCUUGUAAGACUGUUUUUUCAAAUGGAACUGAAUCUGAAGGAAGCGAAUGCUCUGAUGGAAAAGUUUGCACAGCUCCACCAAAUGUUCAAGUUUACUUCUGCUCCGGAACUGAUAAUAAGAGACAAAGAUGCAAAGUUGUUAUUGAUGAAAAAGAGGAAGAAUUAUCUGAAUGCCCAGAGGGAAGCGAAUGUCUUCUUGAAGAGAGAGAAAAAGUUGAAUGGAGAUGUAAAUGCGCUGAAAAUGACACAGAAUGCGAAAAGAAAAGCAGACCAUGGGCUAGACCAGUCGAUAAAGGAAUCUGCAAACUUAUCGUCAAUGGAACAAGCAAAGUUGAAAAAGAAUGCGAAAAUGGUUUAGUUUGCAAAAAACCCGCAGAGGUAAAAGUUUCUGUUUGCAAGAAAGUUGAGGAAGAAGCAGAAGAAGAAGAAGAAGAAGAAGAAGAAGAAACUGAAGGAGAUGAAGAUGAAGCAGAUGCAGAGACUUUUGGCUCUUGGGAAAGAAGGAGAGGUGGAGACAGAAGAGUACGCAAAGAUAGAAAGAGAGGCGGAGACAAAGAAGAAGGUGAAGACAAAGAAGAAGGAGAAGACAAAAAGAGAGGCGGAGACAGAAAAGAAAGGGGGGGUAGAAAGAGAGUUGGAGGUAGGAAAGGAAGAGGAGGUAAAAGGGGAGGUGGAAAUCAAGACCGUAAAAAGGCCUUCAAAAUCUGCGAUAUGUCGAUUGAUGGACAAAAAGUUGAACGUGACUUUGCUGACUGUGAAGAUAAUGAAGAAUGUGUAGAAGCUACUAGACCAGCUGAAAAAAUAGUCGAAAAAUGGCAUUGUUCCUGUCCAGAGGGAGAUGAAGAAUGUGAGAAAAAGCAUAAAAACAUCAACAAACCACAAAGACUUGAGCAUGGUGUCAGAUCAAAAAGACCUGGACAUGGUGGUAGAUCAAAAAGACCUGGACGUGGUGGUAGAUCCGAGGGUGACAAGCCAGAGAGACCAGAAGGUGACAAGCCAGAGAGACCAGAAGGUGACAAACCAGAGAGACCAGAAGGUGACAAGCCAGAGGGAGAUGCCUCUGAACCCGCAAGAAAUGGAAAUAACCAAAACAGAUCUGGCCAAAACAAGCCAAAAAGAAAUGAGGGAGAUAAACCAGAGAAAUCUGAUGAAGAUAAGCCAAAGAAACGCGAAGGAGGGAAACAAGAGAGACCAGAACAUGGUGACAGAAAACGAGGAGGAAGAAGACAAUAAUUAAUUAAAAUAUUUGCUGGAUCAAAUAUUCUCUGUCUUUCUGAUUUGAUCUGCUUGUUACAAGCAAUCAAUCCUACUUUGAUAAACAACGUAAACAAUUAGUUAGAAGCACAAAUACAUUGAUUAAUCAUAUCGC